CGUGAACUGACCGUCAACGGCAAGAUGUGUUAUCGCUGUUAUCGGGACCCUGAGCUCCACUGAGGCGAGGCGAGCCAGUAAGCAGCCACUCGCUAGUACGCCUCCAUUCCUUCAUCCAGCCAGUGACCGUUCAUUCUGAGCAGGCAGCACAACGAUGCCUCUUGCUAGUCUCGGCCGGGCGUUCCUGACGCUGUUGCUGCUGUUAGUGGCUGCUGUCCCUGUCCGCCUCACCCAAGAGCACGCCCCUGAGGCGGCCCAUGUCGUCCCUGAGGAGGAGCUAAGUGAAGAGGCCAAGAUCCAGAUUGGUACGCAAAAAGUGAUGCAGGCAGUAGGCAAGUUACUGGGGGACUACAACAGCGGGCCACUGUCGGGUUUGCCUACCAUCAACAUCAACAGUGACAAAAUAAGUGUCAGUAUAAGCCUGGCCAACAUCUAUCUGCAAGGACUUAGUGACAUGGAACUGUUGGAAGCAGGUGCCUUUUCAGGGUCAAGAAAGAAUAAAACUGCGCAUGGUACUGUGAUGUUUAACAAGAUUAGUCUCCUUGUUGGGACCUACUCAUCCACUGGCCACAUCAACAACCUCCCAUUCAAUGGAGAGGGACCUAUGUACAUCCACCUGCAUAAUUUCUCCAUUUCCUUCUCUAUCAAAUGGCACUUCAAAAACUUUAUCAUCCCAUGUGUCGAGUAUAACACCAGCCACCUGACCCUUGACCUUCUGCGCAUGGAGACUCACUUUGAGAACUUGAAUACAAAUGAAGGCGCUGAUCUCGGUCAACUGGUGGACAUUGUUGUCCCUUCCUUUGGACAAGACAUUGUUAAACAACUUGAGGUCCUCCUCUCCACUACAUACUAUGAAAAGCUGGACACCAUCCUUGUUGGAUACAUCAACACAAUCACAAAGUGCACCAAAGGGACACGAGAGGAUAUUCUGAAUACUGCCCAACUUAUGGAGAUGACCCAUGAUAUUAUCAAAGACUUGAUACCUUGAUCAAAGAAGAGCAUCUCCAUCACUGAACCUUCCAAAGAUGUGCUAUGUAUGCAUGUAUUUGUAUGUGAUUCAUUUAGUGCUUAGUUUAUUUGUAAUGUAGUAUACAAUUAAUUGUAUGUUAAUGUCAAUCCACAGCAUCUAAAUGGAGUAUGUACAAAUUAAUGCUAUCCUGAUGAGAUGUAUAUAGGUGUUUGAUGCAUAGCUUAUGUACAAGUGUAGUUUUCUUAAACAUUAUUCUAUUCGCUUAUGUACAAGUGUAGUUUUCUUAAACAUUAUUUUAUUCAAGUUUUCAGGUUGGACUGUAUAACAAAUGAAAACUGCAGAAUGUUGCAUUUGGCUCUUCACUCAUUUCUUUUUUUUACUUGUCCACCUCAACAAAACUUCCAAUUUCAACUCUUGUGUCUGGCCUGCCUUUUGUUACUAUCCCUGGGCUGACAUUGCUAUGCUACUUGCUCAACUGGUUUCUACAACAUGAUCUGCUCAGUCCAUUUUAUUUUUCAAAAUCACCAACUUUGGCCUGUUUGAAUGAAGAAAAAGGUUUUGUAAAUUACAGUAUAGUGUAAUCACAAAGCUGAGAAUAAACCCCUUUCCACAUGACAGGGCA